AUGGUCAUUGAUUCUGGAGCGAGUACGAACGUCAUUGACAAACACCUGUGGGAAGAUUUAAAGAAAAAACACAUUAAAUGCACUUCGAGGAAAACCACGAAGAAACUGUAUGCCUAUGCAUCAACAACUCCCCUUACAGUAACAUGAACAUUCACAGCAGAUGUAAAUGUAGCUGAUAGACACGUGACAACAGAAUUCACCGUUAUCGAAGGAAAGGGGGAGUCGUUGUUGGGAAGAAAGACAGCAACCGAGCUUGGAGUCCAAAAGUUACAAAUUCCAGUUGCGAGACACAAAGUUUUGUUCCAAGGUAUUGGGAAAUUGAAAGAGUAUCAAAUGAAGCUGCAUAAUGAUCCGCAGGUUCGACCAGUUGCACAGUCUGUUAGGCGGACUGCAUUCAGCUUGAGAGGAAAGAUCGAGGAAAAACUUGACGAGUUACUUCGUGAAGACAUUAUCGAGAAAGUUGAUGGGCCAACCCCGUGGGUGAAUCCAGUUGUGGUAGUGCCAAAGGCGAAUGAUGAGGUCCGGUUAUGUGUGGAUAUGCGGUGUGCCAACAAAGCGAUUAUAAGGGAGAGACACCCGAUUCCAACUAUUGAUGAAAUACUCCAGGAUAUGCAAGAGGGAGGUGUUUUCAGCAAGCUAGAUCUCAAGUGGGGGUACCACCAGAUAGAAUUAAGUGAAGAAUCCAGAAGCAUCACAACUUUCGUGACGCACAAGGGUUUGUUCAGAUACAAAGGUUGA